AUGGCUGAAACAAAUAAAGAUAAACAAUCAAUUGUGAAUGAGAAUUCUAAUGAACACAUAGAUUGGAGUACAGUCGAAGACUUCGAUGACAUGUUCGAUAUGAUUGAUGAUGACAACGAUACACUUGAAUAUGAAGAUGAUGAAUUAAAUAAAUAUUACCUAUCUGGUCAUUUAAAUUCAAUGGCACAUGAAGAAGAAACGAUCGACGAUGAUGAUACUCUCGAUAAGGAUUUAAAUUUUGUUGAAGAAAUACAAACAGAAGCUAUUCUGUCUCAAAAAUUCAGUCAAUUAUCAACAAAGACUGAAGAUGAACAGAAAUCUGGUAUAAUUCAUAAAAGACGACGGUCAACAUCUAUAACUAGUCCAGAUAUCAGUCCUAAGAAAACAAAAAUAAUUCUGGAUGAUGCUGAUGAUGUUACCAAUGAGCCUACUACUACAAUUAGCAGUACUGAAACAAAUGAAAUACCAAUAUAUCUAUCGAUAACAAACAAAUUAUUUGUUCAUAUGGCACAAACUAUAACAAAAACAGCUAGUUCUAUUAGUAUAAAUAAUAUACAACAAAUAGCUCUAUUCAUACAUCAAGCAGCUAAUGUUCGAAUAGAUAGAGAAGUCAUGAAAGCUUAUUUACAUUCUGUGAUGGGCACAUUAAAAAGAUCUGAAUCUCAUCUCAUCGAAGGUGACCGGCAUGUAUGGCCUAUGCAGGUUCAAUCAAUUAUGUUAGCACAACAAAAAGCAGCGGGAACUACAGUUGGUGCUAGCGUUACUGAGGAUCAACAGGCUGAUUGUGAAAAACAUUUACAUCAACGUUUAAUAGAAAUGAAUGAAAAAAUUCAAUUUCAUCUAAAUCAAUUCAAUGAAAAGAAAAAAAAUUUGAUCGGUUUUACAUCGAAUAUCGAACAAACUAUUCAAAGUUUUGUUCAAAAGUAUGGCGUGAAACCACUCGAAAUGAAAAGGAAUCUGAAAAUAGCAAUGAUCAACUAUGACUAUGAUUCAGAAAUAUUGAGACGUCAAUAUCUACAGGAAAAACCGAACGAAUAUCAAAUUCAAAUCAUGAAACGUCUUUCUGAAAAAAAGCGUGAACUGGAAAAGUCGAAGCGAGAACUAUUAGAAUUGAAAUAUCGAAUCUUCUAUAACAAACCACAUUCUUCGUUGGAUGCAAUUGAAACAUCUAUGCCGAAAUUGGAUGAUGACGAUAGAAAACUGAAAUUGUUGAAUAAACAUGAAAAAUUAAUUCAACGCAAGAAAUUAGAUUUUAUGGCUAUUAAAAUAAUAGCAGCCGAAACAAAAUUCUAUCAAUGUCUUCGAGUGUUCGAUAGCGAACUAGCUGCUAUGUGGAAAAAUCAUCGUGAACUUGUAAAAGAUCGUGGAAUGUCUACAACACUAACGAAUCUUAUUGAAAAACGUUUUACCGGUAUUGCUGCUCGAUGGAGGGAUGUCUAUAAUUACAGACUGAAUUAUUAUUUCCGAAACGUUUGUGGUGAUUCAGAACAUAUUAAUACGAAUGAAGUUGAGCACAAUUCGAAACGAUUGGGAUUUUCAUCAUCUCUAAUUAUUGAUGCUACUCAUCAAUUCACUGAUAAAGAAUUGCAACUGUUGAAUCGGGGGCCAACUUAUGUUCCACCUUGCCAAAUAUCAACAUUAUCUUCGGGUCAAUCUAUCGAUGAUAUUGUUAAAAAGAAAUAUGCACCAUUAAAACAUCAACUAAGCCAAUUAUUUUCAAAAUAUCAUAUUAAUAUUGCAUUGUCGAUGGAAAUUGAACAGAAGAUCAGUGAUCAAUUUACAAAUCUUUUCUCCUCACCAAUAGUUUCGAAUCUUCAACAGCGGGCUCUCUAUGAAAAAUAUCUUAUUCAAUCGAUUAGACAUUCUUUGAAAAAGAACAAUCUCAUCCUACGACGAACUGCUGAUAACAAGAAUACGUUCUAUUUGGGAAAUCUACAAGAGUUUGAAACAAAAGCAAAUGAUUAUUUAUUAAAAUCAGAUGCUUACAAGGUGCUAUUGAAUAAAGAUAAAGAAAAUGAUGGCCAACCAUGGCAAGCUGAAUUAAAACAAAUGGAGGAAUCUAUGAAUUUAUUAUUGGAAUCAUUGAAAAAUCAUAAAGCAAUAAAUAUCGAUUUAUAUAAUCGAUUAUUAGUUGAUGCAAGUAAAGUGAAAUUACCAUGUCUGUACUUCUUGCCGGACAUUUCUAAAGAAAAUGAAAUUUCAUUGGUACCCUAUAUUACAUCGCAGCAUAGUGCAACAUGGAAAAUUGGUAACUAUCUAAAUGAAUUAUUACAACCAUUUGUGGAUAAAAUCCUAUCAUUAACAACAUUUCGUGAUGAACCUGAUUUCAUGCGAAAAUUAAACGAUUAUGUGUAUGUAGAACGUCAUCUGCGACCAACUACUUUAUUUUGUAGUAUAAGGAUUUCUAAUUAUUUUACAUUGGAUGUACAUAAAAAUAUGAUUGAUACAGUGGGGUACUUCUUGGAAGAUAAUUUAGUAACCAAUAAACUUGAACAAGUUACAAUUCAGACGAUUAAAAAUUUACUAUAUAUAUUCCUGUAUAAUAAUGUGUUCUAUUAUAAAGAUAAAAUCUAUACAUUAACAAAAGGUAGUCCAAAUACGAUGCCAUUAUCAGAUACUUUGUCGAAUAUCUUUCUAUUUACAUGGCAAAAGAAAAUCUUGAAAGAAAUAAAUUCGAAACAUGAAUUCUUUGGAAGAUAUAAAGAUCAAAUCUUUUUCACAUGGAAUAAUGGGAAUGAAGAAGAACUUGGUAAUUUUUUACAAACUAUUAGAGAUAAAAAUCCUAAUGUUCAAUUUCAAAAAUUAAUUGGAACAAAUGUACAAUUUUUUAAUGCUUUUGUUGAAAAUCUAAAUGGUGAAUUGUUCACUCGAGUGUAUCAUCAUCCAAUUAUUCCUAAAUAUACAUUACCGUAUGUAGUGGGUCAUUCGAAAUUAGCUCAUGGUGAUUGGUUUCGAUCAGCUUUGAUUCGAGCUGUUUGUUAUUGUUCAUUGAUCGAAGAUUUUACUCUUGAACGUAUUUAUCUCGAACUAACUUGUCUGAUCAAUGGUUAUUCAUUACUUUUUGUUGAAAGUAAUGUUCAGCAUUUCUUCGGCUAUUUUCAUGUUGAUGAUAUGCGAUAUACAAAAGAUCAAACCCUGUAUGACAAAUUUCGUCAUGAUUGGUUUGCAUAUAUGACGAUGCAAUAUGAGUUGUCUGAUAAACUUCAAAAAUUCAAUGAUAAUGAUAGCUUAAUUCUUCUGAAUUAUCUCUAUGAAUUCGGUCCUAAAUGUCAAUUCAAUCAGCAAUUUUAUUGUCUUUGGUCAGAAUAUUUCAAUCAACAUCCGAAUCUAUCGAAAGAUAAAGCUACAGUUCAACUUACGACGAAACAUCAGCAUUCAUUAAAUUCUCUAUUGGCUAGAGAAAAAUCAACAUGUUCAAUUCAAUAA